AGAGAAUGUAGUGACGCCUGGCAGCUCUGUUUCUAUACUUCCAGUUCCAAGUCUCAUAUGCAUGCUAUUGCCAAUGGCAAUUGCCAUAUUGUUCAGCACGGUUAGUAGUAAAAUCUGAUAUAGAAUAUCUUAUGACUUCAAAUUUUAACUAUGUCAAACAUCUAAAUUGUAAAUUAGGAAUAUUCGAAUUAUAACCUUUUGGAUCAAAUAUGGAUACAGAUUUUAAAGAAUUAUCGCAAGAUACAGACAUUGUUACAAAAGUUAAACAAUUUCACGAUACAACAUUAAAAAUUGAAGACACAAUUAAAUAUGCUGUAAAUUCAGCAAUAUAUGAAAAACUUUCUAAUACAGAUAAAAUUGAAUAUAAUUUAUUGAUGUCUUAUUGCUUAAAUAGUAUGUUUUGGAUGUAUUUGCGUACAGAAGGAAUUGAUCCAGCAAAGCAUCGAAUAAAAUUAGAAAAUGAUCGUUUAAAAAAAUCUAUGGCACGUGCAAAACAAAUUAAUGAUAGAAACACUCUUAUGCCACGUGUAAACAAAGAUGCAGCACAAAGAUUUGUUAGAAAUAGUUUAUGGGAAAUAAAAAAUAAAGACAAAUAA